CAAUAACUGGAUCCCAGUUUUUUUUGCAGUACAUUUCACAAGUAAUAAAUAUUACAUAUUUUCAAAAAUUACACAAAACCAAAGCAAAAAUAAAAAUAAAAUAUGACUUAUUUUUACAUUCUCCUUGCUGUCUUUAUUACAACAAUUGCAGCUUCAAAUCGCUUGCAUUCCUCUGAUUUCUAUCAUGUUGCUAGAGGCAAAGCGAGGUCAGACACCGUGGAUUACCUGUUCAGCCGAAAGCAGGCCAAUUGGGACGCAGCAGUGAAAGGUUGCAAAGGAUUCCUGGGAUCACGUCUUCUCUCCGUGGAGACUAAGGAAGAAAGCGAGUUGGUAUUGGAUAUGAUAAACGAUGACCAAUUGUUUGAUCCAGCAUUGCCAAUCGGCACCACGUUCUGGACGAGUGGAGCCUACAAUGCUAAAUUGUCAACCUGGGAGUGGAAAAGUUCCACAAAUAAAGAAGUUAUGUUUGGUAAUUGGACUGAAAAGUUAUGGGCGAAGGGACAACCAACCGAACCAGUUCGGGACGUUGACCGUGUCGCCUUGGAACGGAACAAUUUGAAUCAUUCCAGUUGGAAAUCUUUGCCCUCAACGGAAAAAGCAUUUUACAUUUGCGAAUUUUAAAAUAAAAUGGUUUUAAUAAAUGUAAAUUUAGAUAGGAAUUCGUUUUAUUCUUAACAUGCAUUAACUGCCAUAAACGAUAACUGUACUCCAACCACAAAAUUAUAAUUAAACCGACGACUAUACAGAUUGGAGGUAAAUGCAUGUACAUAUUUCCUUUCAGAGCUGGUUAAUCAAUAACCGCAACUCAGAGCAGAUACCGAGUUAAUUACUGCGGUCAUCAAAGGACAUACGUAAUGUCGAUAAUCUAGGAAGACUUGCCAAGAGUCACAAUUCCAAUUCGGACAUUGUCCGUCUGUGCAUAUUCCGAAAUACACAGAUUCUCCGCAACUCUUUCAUAAUAUUUAGAUUUUCCAGCAGAAUCAUGGGUAUGAAUCCGUGUUGUUGUUCACUGCAAAGUGGCGUUAAAGCUAUCGCAAUUUUUGGAAUGGUCAAAUCUACGUUUCUUCUCGUCAUUUCCAUCAUUGCACUGGUUUCUGGAAUAAUUUUGAUCAAUCAUGGGGGCUCUAGAUCCUCGGCCUCUGAAGAGACUGACAGUCACAGGAGAGAAAUUGCUGCCGCUGUUGGGGUUGUGGCAGUCAUCGUUGCAUGCUUCAUCAUUGCGAUCUGUCUCAUCUAUUUCGCACUAGCCGUACUCCUUUGGAAAGCUGCUCAAAAUAGGAAUGAAAAGUACUCGCGAAUCUGGCUCAUCAUCACGUGCAUUCUCUGGGUACUAGCCUUGUUCCAGUUGUUCUGGCUUCUCUCAUCCGGAGGUCGAUUCGACAUUUCACUCACAAGUCUGCAACUGCUCCUCGACAUUUACUUCAUUUGGGUGGUGAUGGCUUUUCGAAAAGAGUUGUUAGAGCAGGAAGCACAAGGUUUUGUGGUUGCGGGCGGUGGUGGUAAUGCGGAAUCCGGUCCGAGCUCAAGUUAUAAAAUGGAACAGUAAAAUCAAAUUUAUAUGAGACAAAGAAUUAAACUCAUUUAUAUGGAGUAAAAUAUAUUGCAUUUUACUUGUAGCAACAGCGAAUUUAAAUAUAACAAAAAAAGUGGUAAACCAA